AUGAGGGCCCCGGCCACGCACGUCCCGGCGCCUGCGCUCUGCUCGCUCCUCGUGUGCCUCUGGCUGCCCCGGGCUGAGCCGGCGGCAGAGUCCCCGCGGGUGCAGCGCCUUGGUGAGAGCAGGGGUCUGGACGCUGGCGGCGAGGGAUACAUCUGGCCCAGCUGCGGAGAGAUAGAGGAGAGACAGUUUCUGAGGAAGGGCAGGGAGAUAGCUGGGAGGGUCAACCACCAAGAGACUUCUCUUCCCUUCGAGGAUGCUCCAACCGUGAUGGGGAGCCAGGGAGCGGAAGCCCUGGACUCCUUGGCCAUGUCUUCCUGGGAGAGGCGGCUGCAUCGGGCCAAGUGUGCCCCUGCUUACUUGUUCUCCUGCUUCAAUGGGGGUGAGUGUGUGCACCCAGCCUUCUGCGACUGUAGACGCUUCAAUGCUACUGGACCCCGCUGCCAGAUGGUGUACAAUGCCGGCCCUGAGCGAGACAGCAUCUGUCGGGUGUGGGGGCAGCACCACGUGGAGACAUUCGAUGGCCUUUACUACUAUCUCUCCGGGAAGGGCAGCUACACGCUGGUGGGGCGCCAUGAACCUGAGGGCCAGAGCUUCUCAGUCCAGGUGCACAAUGACCCUCAAUGCAGCUCCUCCCCCUACACCUGCUCACGGUCUGUCAGCCUCUUCUUUGCCGGUGAACAAGAGAUCCGCCUGGCCAAGGAAGUCACCCAUGGAGGCCUGAGGCUCCAGCUGCCACAUGUGAUGGGGAGCAUGCGUCUGCAGCAGCUUGCUGGCUACGUCAUCGUGCGGCAUCAGGAGGCCUUCACCCUGGCCUGGGACGGCGUCUCAGCUGUCUACAUCAAGAUGAACCCCGAGUUCCUGGGCUGGACCCAUGGACUCUGUGGAAACAACAAUGCUGACCCUCAGGAUGACCUGGUGACCAGUUAUGGGAAGCUGACAGAUGAUGUGUCUGAGUUUGUGCACAGCUGGCAGGAAGCAGCUCCCAACCAGCCUCUAGGGCCCUUGACUUCCUCCCCGCCCCGCCCACCAUGCCUGCAGCAGAGCCCUGGAGCCAUGCAGGUUGUGUACGAGCGGUGUGAGGCACUGCUGCGACCCCCCUUCGAUGCCUGCCAUGCCUACGUCAGCCCUCUGCCCUUCACAGCCAGCUGCACCAGCGAUCUCUGCCAGUCAGUGGGUGAUGAAGCCACCUGGUGUCGGGCCCUGGCAGAGUAUGCUCGGGCAUGUGCCCAGGCAGGGCGGGCCCUGCUGAGCUGGAGGACGCUGCUCCCACAAUGUGCUGUGCACUGCAAAGAGGAGGCCUUCACCUACAACGAGUGCAUCACUUGCUGCCCUGCGUCCUGCCAGCCCCGGGCGUCCUGCGUGGACAGUGAGAUCGCCUGUGUGGAUGGCUGCUACUGCCCUGACGGGCUGAUCUUCGAGGAUGGGGCCUGUGUGGCACCAGCCGAAUGUCCCUGUGAGUUCCAUGGGACCCUGUACCCAACGGGCUCUGUGGUGAAGGAAGACUGCAAUGCCUGCACCUGCACUGCAGGCAAGUGGGUGUGCAGCACGGCCGUCUGCCCAGCCGAAUGCUCAGUGACUGGUGAUAUCCACUUCACAACCUUUGAUGGCCGCCGCUACACAUUCCCUGCCACGUGCCAAUACAUCUUGGCCAAGAGCCGCUCUUCUGGCACCUUCACGGUGACAUUGCAGAAUGCCCCAUGUGGACUGAACCAGGAUGGGGCGUGUGUCCAGUCAGUCUCCGUGAUUCUGCACCAGGAUCCUCGGAGGCAGGUGACUCUGACCCAGGCGGGGGAUGUCCUCCUGUUUGACCAGUACAAGGUUACUCCGCCCUACACAGAUGAUGCCUUCGAGAUCCGGAGGCUGUCCUCGGUGUUCCUGCGUGUAAGGACCAACGUGGGCGUGCGGGUACUCUAUGAUCGAGAAGGACUGCGGCUCUACCUGCAGGUGGACCAGCGAUGGGUGGAGGACACCGUGGGUCUCUGUGGCACCUUCAAUGGCAACACGCAAGACGACUUCCUGUCCCCGGUGGGUGUGCCUGAGAGCACACCCCAGCUCUUCGGCAAUUCUUGGAAAACACUGUCAGCCUGCUCCCCACUGGCUCUUGGCUCUCCACUGGACCCAUGCGACGUGCACCUGCAAGCUGCCUCCUAUGCGGUGCAGUCCUGCAGCGUGCUGACUGGGGAGCUGUUUGCACCCUGCUCCACCUACCUGAGCCCCGUGGCCUAUUUUGAGCAGUGCCGCCGGGACACCUGCCGCUGUGGGCAGCCCUGCCUGUGCGCUGCGCUGGCCCACUACGCCCGCCUGUGCCAGCGCCAUGGUCUCCCUGUUGACUUCCGCACCCAUAUGCCAGCCUGUGCUCUGUCCUGUGAAGCUACCAAGGAGUACAGCCCGUGUGUGUCCACAUGUGGACAAACCUGCCAGGACCUGGUUGGCCCUGGGGCCUGUGGUGUGGAUGGUGGCGGCCACCUUGGCGGAGACGAGUGUGUGGAGGGCUGUGCCUGCCCCCCGGACACUUUUCUGGAUACCCAGGUUGACCUCUGUGUCCCCAGGAACCAGUGCUCCUGCCACUUUCAAGGAGUGGACUAUCCCCCUGGAGACAGUGACAUCCCAUCCCUGGGCCACUGCCACUGCAAAGAUGGAAUCAUGAGCUGUGAUAGCAGAGCCCCAGCUGCUGCCUGCCCAGUGGGCCAGGUGUUUGUGAACUGCAGUGAGCUUCUCACAGACCCAGAGCUGAGCAGGGAGAGGACGUGUGAGCAGCAGCUGCUGAACCUCAGCGUGCCAGCCCGUGGACCCUGCCUCUCGGGCUGCGCCUGCCCCCAGGGCCUGCUCCGACAUGGGGAUGCCUGCUUCCUGCCUGAGGAGUGUCCAUGCACCUGGAAGGGGAAGGAGUAUUUCCCUGGGGACCAGGUCACAUCAUCCUGCCACACCUGCAAGUGCGAGGAGGGCUCGUUCCAGUGCACGCUCCACCCGUGUGCCUCCACCUGCACCACCUAUGGGGACCGGCAUUACCGCACCUUUGAUGGGCUCCCCUUCGACUUUGUGGGGGCAUGCAAGGUGCACCUGGUCAAGAGCACGUCAGAUCUCAGCUUCUCUGUGAUUGUGGAAAACGUGAACUGCUAUGGCUCUGGCAUCAUCUGCAGGAAAUUUAUUUCUAUCAACGUUGGGAACUCACUCAUCAUCUUUGAUGAUGACUCAGGAAAUCCUAGUCCCGAGAGCUACCUGGAUGAGAAGCAGGAGGUGCACACGUGGCGAGCAGGAUUUUUCACACUGGUGCAUUUUCCACGGGAACACAUCACUCUUUUAUGGGACCAGAGGACCACAGUGCACAUCCAGGCUGGGCCUCAGUGGCAGGGACAGCUGGCAGGACUCUGUGGAAACUUUGAUUUAAAAACCAUCAAUGAGAUGAGGACCCCAGAGAACUUAGAGCUAACCAACCCCCAGGAGUUUGGCAGCAGUUGGGCUGCAGUCGAGUGUCCAGACACCCUGGACCCCCGGGACACGUGUGUCCUGAACCCUCUUCGAGAACCAUUUGCCAAGAAGGAGUGCAGCAUCCUCCUCGGCGAGGUGUUUGAGACCUGCCAUCCUGUGGUAGAUGUCACCUGGUUUUACUCAAACUGCCUGACAGACACAUGUGGGUGCAGCCGAGGUGGGGACUGUGACUGCUUCUGUGCCAGCGUGUCAGCCUACGCCCACCAGUGCUGCCAACAUGGUGUGGCCAUUGACUGGCGGACCCCGCGCCUCUGCCCAUAUGACUGUGACUUCUUUAAUAAAGCACUAGGCAAAGGUCCCUACCAGCUGGCCAGCUUGGCAGCCAGUGGUGCCCUGGUGGCCUGGAAGGCAUCAGGAAGUGCUGUGGUCCUACUGAAGACAGAAGACAUGGCACCAGGGGACAGUGUGAACUUCUUGCUGACAGCUGCCCUGUACAAGGCCAAAGCCCAUGAUCCUGACAUGGUGUCCCUGGAGGCAGCUGACAGACCCAACUUCUUCCUCCAUGUCACAGCCAAUGGGUCUCUGGAGCUGGCUAAGUGGCAGGCCAGCGAUGCCUUCUCCCACCAUGCCACCUUCUCACUGCACCGGGGGCCGUGGCAAGGCGGCCUGGUGGCCCUGGAGGCCCUGGCAGAGCCUGGCUCCUUCCUUUAUGCGUCAGGCCCCACACUCGUCCUGCGGCUCUACGAGCACACAGAGGCCUUUCGCCGGAGCAUGCUCUUCCACCUUCUGGAUGCCAAGCCGUUGGGGGCUGCCUACCCCAUCUGUGAGUGGCGCUAUGAUGCCUGUGCCAGUCCCUGCUUCCAGACCUGCCGGGAUCCACAGGCAGCCAGCUGCCAGGAUGUGCCCAGAGUGGAGGGAUGCAUUCCUGCCUGUCCCACCCCGAAGGUCCUGGAUGAAGUAACACAACGAUGUGUCUACUUGGAGGACUGUGUGGAGCCACCAGUCUGGGCCCCCUCAGAGACUCUUGGCAACAAGACCCAGCCUCCCAGUCAAGAGCUGCCCACCCCUGGUAUCCAGGAGCUACACCCUCUACAAGAAGCUCCUGGUGCCCCGACUCCCAGGCCAGCCCUCCCCACAGCUGCCCCUUUGACCACGGCCUUGCACCAACCUGUGGCAGCCACCAAGGGGUCAACACAGCCACCAGGCUCCACCCUGCAGCAGCCACAGGGGCUCACCACAUCCAACCUCCCCGCCCACCCCACUGAGACCCCAGCCAGCAAAGGAGUGACCACCAGUCGCCUGACCAUCUUCCACACUCCAGAGCCCUCAUCCCUCCACCUUUUACCACAGAAGGUCACAUCCAGUGUGGGGUCCGCUGCCUUGGAGACAACCAAGGUGACUCUGACCCUCACAGAGAGCCCCAACAUCACGCUCUCAUCCCGGUCACCCCCAGCACCUCGCUUCCCACUCUUGACCAAAGCUGUGACAGUUCCGAGUUAUGGCUCUCUGCCCGUGAGGACAACACCCCUACAACCCUUUUCAGGCCUGGAACGGCCAGCAAGUCCCUCCUCCAGGUCUGUGGCUCCCCCAGCAGUGACCUCCAGGCCCUCCACCUCCUCAGGGUCCCACAAAGCCUUGCUGACACCUGCAACAACCAAAGGCAUAAACAAGACAGAGCCCACCCAGCUCACUGUGGCCCAGGGAACCUCAAGCCCCAGCAGCUCCGCACCCCCGGCUAGAACUCCAGCACAGCCGCUUCCAGUCAGUCUUUUCACAAGCAAGAGCAUGGAGGUGGUGCCACCUACGGAGAAGGUGGAAGCCUGGCACGACCAGCCCGUGGGCCUGCCACAGCCAGGCCCAUCCCCUGCUUCCCUGUCCCAUCCAGCUCUGCCAACUACCACAGCCACCAGGCCUCUGGCCCGGCCCCCUGAGACCCCAGCUGCUGCCAGUCAGCCCACAGUUGCACACGGGCCGGGUACCACACCCUCUGUGUCUCUGGAUUCAACUCGCCCAUCCCAGCUCCUUUCUGGCCUGCCUCCAGACACCAGCCUGCCUCUGGCCAAGGUGGGCACAUCUGCCCCAGUGGCCACACCUGGCCCCAAAGGCUCUGUCACCACCUCUCCACUCCAGCAGCGGGCCACAUCGCUGGCCAUGGCCACAACGCCACCUGCUCAGACACCAAGCCCAGCCCUGCCUCUCAGCCCAGCUGUUGUUGCCCAAGUGCACCCACCCAGCGACGAAGCCCCCCAGACCAUAGGCACAGCUCCAGGACUCCUCCUGGGAGCCACAUCACCAACGUCUGGGGGCGUGGCCAUGGCUGAGGUGGUGGCCUCCACAGUGUCAGUCACCCCAGGAAAGAGGACCACGGAAAAGAUGACCACACUGUCCAAGCAAAUGUAUCUGUCCACCUUGGCAUAUGGCUCUGCCCUGGGUGAGCCCACAGAGCUCAUGCCUGCCAUGGCCCACACUCUUGCCGCCUUAGUGACAGAGGCUGAGGGUCCCCGAGCUGUUACAGUGCCUCUAGUGUCCACAUCCUAUGUCCCCAGCCGUGUCUCGGCCAGGACUGCAUCCAGGGAGAGCUCACUGGUUCUGCUCCCUCAGCUGGUAGAGGCCCAUGGAACCCCAGCAGGACCUCAGCCCCCAGUGGAGCCAGUGGGCGAGGCUACCACCCAGCAGACUGGGCGCUCGGCCCCAGCCCAGAACAUCCUGCCUGAGGCUCCGGCAACUGGCAUGGAGGCUAAUGCAUCAGACAUCUGUGUCCCAAUUGCCGAGCAGGACUGUGUCCGCCACAUCUGCCUGGAGGGUCAGCUGAUCCGUGUGAACCGGUCCCAGCACUGUCCCCAGAGCGCAGCACCCCCUCUCUGUGGGGUUCUGGGCCUUGCUGUGCGCAUGGGCGGGGACCACUGCUGCCCCCUCUGGGAGUGUGCCUGCCGAUGCUCAAUCUUCCCUGACCUGAGCUUUGUGACCUUUGAUGGGAGCCAUGUGGCCCUGUUCAAGGAGGCCAUCUACAUCCUCAGCAAGCGUCCUAAUGAGAUGGUUACUGUCCACGUCCUGGACUGUAAAAGUGCCAACCUGGGGCACCUGAACUGGCCCCCGUUCUGCCUGGUGAUGUUGAAUGUGACACACGUGGCUCAUCAGGUCACCAUUGACCGGUUCAACAGGAAGGUGACUGUCGACUCGCAGCCAGUGUGGCCUCCUGUGAGCAGGUAUGGGUUCAGAAUUGAGGACACGGGCCACAUGUACGUGAUCCAGACGCCUGCACACAUCCAGAUCCAGUGGCUGCACAGCUCAGGACUCAUGAUCCUGGAGGCCAGUAAAGCCAGCGAGGUCCAGGGCCGAGGCCUGUGUGGUAUCUGUGAUGGGGAUGCAGCUGAUGACCUCACCCUGGAGGACGGCUCUGUGCUGGGCAGCGCCGAGGACCCAGCUCCCUUUCUGGACAGCUGGCAGGUGCCCAGCUCCCUGACCUCGGAGGGCCAGACCCGCUUCCGCCCGGACAGCUGCGACACAGCGGACUGCUCGCCCUGCCUGCGAAUGGUGUCCAACCGCACCUUCAGCGAGUGUCACCGCUUUGUGCCUCCGGAGUCCUUCUGUGAGCUGUGGAUCCGGGACACCAAGUACGUGCAGCAGCCCUGCGUGGCUCUGACUGUGUACGUGGCGAUGUGCCACAAGUUCCACGUGUGCAUUGAGUGGCGGCGCUCUGAUUAUUGCCCCUUCCUGUGCUCCAGUGACUCCACAUACCAGGCGUGUGUGGCAGCCUGUGAACCUCCAGACACCUGCCAGGAUGGGAUGCUGGGCCCACUGGACCCAGAGCAGUGCCAAGUGCUGGGUGAGGGCUGUGUCUGCUCUGAGGGUACCAUCUUGCACCGGCGCCAUUCUGCAGUCUGCAUACCAGAGGAGAAGUGUGCCUGCACUGACAGUGCAGGGGUGCCACGAGCCUUGGGGGAGACCUGGAACAGCUCGCUUAGUGGCUGCUGCCAGCACCAGUGCAAAGCUCCAGACACCAUUAUCCCUGUGGACCUGGACUGCCCGGGUCCCCGUCCUGAGAGCUGCCCACGUUUUGGGGAGGUGGCCCUGCUCCGGCCCACUGAGGAUCCCUGCUGCCUGGGGGCUGUUUGUGUGUGCAACCAGAGUCUGUGUGAGGGUCUCACCCCAACCUGCCGCCCAGGACACCGGCUGCUCACCCACUUCCAAGAGGACUCCUGCUGCCCCAGCUACAGCUGUGAAUGUGAUCCAGACCAAUGUGAGGUGGUGCUGAUCCCCAGCUGCCGCCAGGACCAGAUCCUGAUUGCGGGCCGCCUGGGGGACUCCUGCUGCACCUCCUAUUUCUGCGCCUGCGGCGACUGUCCAGAUCCGAUCCCUGAGUGUCAGGAAGGGGAGGCGCUCACUGUGGACAGGAACACCACGGAGCUGUGCUGCCCUCUGUACCAGUGUGUGUGUGAGAACUUCCGCUGCCCCCACGUGCAGUGUGGCCUGGGUACAACCCUGGUGGAGGUGUGGAGCCCAGACCGGUGCUGCCCAUACAAGUCCUGUGAGUGUGACUGCGACACAAUCCCGGUGCCCCAGUGCCAUCUGUGGGAGAAGUCCCAGCUGGACGAGGUAUUCAUGCACAGUGAGGAGAACGUGUGUGGCUGUGCCAAGUAUGAGUGCGUGAAAGCCCCUGUGUGCCUGAGUCGUGAUCUGGGCGUGAUGCAACCAGGCCAGACGGUGGUGGAGCUCUCAGCAGACGGUGUGUGCCACACCUCCCGCUGCACUGACAUCCUCGACCCCCUCACCAGCUUCUACCAGAUCAACACCACCUCCGUGCUGUGCGAUGUCCGCUGCGAGGCGAACCAGGAGUACGAGCACCCACGGGACCUGGCGGCCUGCUGCGGCUCCUGCAGGAAUGUGUCCUGUAUCUUUACCUUCCCCAACGGCACCACAUCACUGUUCUUGCCUGGAGCAUCCUGGGUCGCAGACUGCACCCGUCACCACUGCAGCAAUACUCCUCUGGGUGCUGUGCUGGUCCGCUCGCCCAUCAGCUGCCCACCACUCAAUGAGACCGAGUGUGCCAAGGUUGGGGGCUCGGUGGUGCCUUCCUUGGAAGGGUGCUGUCGGACAUGUAAGGAGGACGGGCGCUCCUGCAAGAAGGUGACCAUCCGCAUGACCAUCCGCAAGAAUGACUGCAGGAGCAACACCCCUGUAAACCUGGUGUCCUGUGAUGGGAGGUGUCCAUCCGCCAGCAUCUACAACUACAACAUCAACACCUACGCCCGUUUCUGCAAGUGCUGCCGGGAGGUGGGCCUGCAGCGGCGCUCUGUGCAGCUCUUCUGCGCCACCAAUGCCACCUGGGUGCCCUACACCGUGCAGGAGCCCACCGACUGUGCGUGCCAGUGGUCCUGA